GCGAACGGUUUGCUGGUUUCCUUUCGAGGCCGAGUGUCAAGUGGCUCAGUGCUCCAAUUAGAUACCACCUUAUAGCCGAGGGAUCAGGCCGCAAUACCUAUUCAUUUACUGGGUGACCCGGGCAGGGCUUUGUUUGUUUAUUUAUUCACAUUACGACGGGCCUGAUUACGUUUUAUAAACGGUCUGUUGCAGCAUUUAAACUGUUUUCAAGGUUAACGGGCUGGGCGGCGUGGUGGUCGAGGCCUUCAGCUGGUGGCGGCGGCAGCAGCAGCCGGUGCCCGCAGCUCGCGUUAGCCGGAUCGGCCGCGUCGUGCCUCUCGCCUCCCCGGGCUGUGUGGCGGCACCUGGCCAUGCCUGUGAGGAACAAGUCCAAAUCGUCGAUUCGAGAAAAAGGUCAGAAUGUAGAUUCUGUUACGGCGGCGACAGCAGCAGUGGACACUUCGGAGCAGGAGCAGGAGCAGGGACAGGGGGAGGAGUUUAAUCCCGAGAAGAAUCGCGGCGAUCCGGGCAUUGUCAAAUCUCCCAACGACCCCAAAGAGUACAGGUAUAUUAAACUUGAAAAUGGUUUAAGCACGCUUUUAAUUUCUGACAUGUCUACUGGAGGAGGUGAUGAAGCAGAAGAUGAGGAAGAAGAUGAAGAAGAAGAAGAGGAAGAAAUGUCUGAUUCAGUCAUGCAGACUGAAGAAGAGGAAAGUGACAAUGAUGAUGAGGGUUCUGAGAGUCCCUCAGAUGGUGAAUCUAUAGAAGAACAUCUUGAGGAUUAUGAUGAUGAAUUUGGAGAGUUAGCUGGAUCAUGUACUGGAAGCAAAAAAAAUUCCGAAAAGCAGUCAGCAGCUGCUCUUUGUGUUGGAAUUGGGAGUUUUAGCGAUCCUGAUGAUCUUCCAGGACUGGCACAUUUUUUGGAACACAUGGUUUUCAUGGGAAGUGAAAGAUAUCCUGAUGAAAAUGGAUUUGAUGCUUUUCUGAAAAGGCAUGGUGGUAGUGACAAUGCGUCUACUGAUUGUGAGCACACCGUAUUUCAGUUUGACAUCCAGAGAAAAUAUUUUAAAGAGGCCCUUGAUAGAUGGGCACAGUUCUUUAUUGGUCCAUUAAUGAUUCGAGAUACUAUUGAUCGGGAAGUAGAAGCUGUGGAUAGUGAAUUCCAGCUUGCUUCGCCAUCUGAUUCUAGCAGGAAAGAACUGUUAUUUGGAAGCCUUGCCAGGCCUGGCCAUCCCAUGGGAAAAUUCUUUUGGGGAAAUUCUCAGACGUUGAAACUUAUGCCAAAAGAGAGUAACAUCGACACUUAUGCAAGACUUAAAGAGUUUUGUAAGCGACAUUAUUCUGCUCAUUACAUGACUCUGGCUGUCCAGUCCAAAGAAACGUUGGAUACUUUGGAAGCUUGGGUGAAGGAAAUCUUUUCUCAAGUACCAAACAAUGGUCUACCCAAACCAGACUUCUCCGAAUUCAGGGAUCCCUUUGAAACAUCUGCUUUUAAUAAACUUUAUAGAGUUGUCCCUGUGAAGAAAGUUCAUUCUCUGAAUAUAACUUGGGCACUUCCUCCCCAGAAGCAGUAUUACAGGAUUAAACCACUUCACUAUAUAUCAUGGCUAAUAGGACAUGAAGGUACAGGCAGUAUCCUGUCCCUCCUUCGAACGAGGUGUUUAGCUCUUGCCUUAUUUGGAGGAAAUGGUGAAACUGGAUUUGAGCAGAACUCGACAUAUUCUGUGUUCAACAUUUCCAUUACGUUAACUGAUGAUGGUUACCAACAGUUCUAUGAGGUUGCACAUAUUGUUUUUCAGUACAUGAAAAUGCUACAAAAGCUUGGCCCUCAGGAAAGAAUUUAUUGUGAGAUCCAGAAAAUUGAAGAAAACGAAUUCCAUUACCAGGAGCAGACUGAUCCCAUUGAUUUUGUAGAAAAUGUUUGUGAAAAUAUGCAGCUUUUCAGUAAAGAAGAUUUCCUCACUGGAGAUCAGUUAAUGUUUGAGUACAACCCAGAGGUUAUUGCUGCUGCAUGUUCCCUUCUCACUCCACAGAGAGCAAAUCUGAUUCUUCUUUCCCCCAACCACAAAGAAAAGUGUACACUAAAAGAGCGUUGGUUUGGCACUUUAUAUGAUGCUGAAGACAUUGACAAGUAUUGGGCUGAUUUAUGGGCAGGUGACUUUCCAUUAAAUAAUGCUCUUCAUCUACCAAGAGAAAACAAGUAUAUAGCAACUGAUUUUGCACUGAAGAAAUCUGAUCGUGCAGAUACCCUGUACCCAGUGAAAAUUUUGGAUAACAAAAAUGGUCGCCUGUGGUACAAAAAAGAUACCAAGUUUCAAAUUCCUAAAGGUUAUAUCCGAUUCCACUUGAUAUCGCCUCACAUUCAUAAAAGCCCAGAAAACUUGGUGUUGUUUGACUUAUUUGUCAAUAUUGUGGCUCAUAACUUAGCUGAACCUGCAUAUGAAGCUGAUGUUGCUCAAUUAGAGUAUAAAUUAGUGGCUGAAGAACAUGGACUAAUCAUUAAAGUGAAAGGAUUUAACCACAAACUUGGGCUUCUGUUCCAACUCAUCAUUGAUCACCUGGCUGAGUUUACGACUACUCCAGACGUGUUUGGGAUGAUCGGGGAACAGUUAAAAAAGUGCUACUUCAAUGUUCUAAUCAAACCAGAAAAACUGGGAAAAGAUGUACGCCUAUCAAUUCUAGAACAUGGACGGUGGUCUUUGAUACAGAAACAUCAAACUUUGAUGAAAGGUGGAAUUACGCUGGAGGCAUUGAUGUCAUUUGUGAAGAACUUCAAAUCUCAUCUUUUUGUGGAAGGAUUAGUGCAAGGAAAUUUCACAAGCAAAGAGUCUAUUGAAUUUCUAAACUAUAUUGUACAGAAGCUGCAAUGUAAGCCACUGGUGAAGUCAGUACCUGUCCAGUUCAAAGUAGUGGAACUACCUAAUAAAGCACAUGUGUGUAAAGUGAGUUCUCUCAACAAACAUGACGCAAAUUCGGAGGUCACUGUUUAUUACCAGUCAGGUCCUCGAAAGGUAAAAGAUUAUGCUCUCAUGGAACUACUUAUUAUGCACAUGGAAGAACCUUGUUUUGAUUUUCUCAGGACAAAAGAAACACUUGGAUACCAUGUGUAUCCUUCCUGCCGAAACACGUCGGGAAUCUUGGGAUUUUCAGUUACAGUGGAAACUCAGGCAUCAAAGUUUAACACCGAAUUAGUGGACAACAAAAUUGAAGAAUUUCUUCAGAGCUUUUCUGCAAAGCUGGCAACAAUGAGUCAAGAAUCUUUCUCUUCUCAGGUUACAGCAUUGAUAAAACUUAAACUAUGUGAAGAUACACAUCUAGGAGAAGAAGUAGACAGAAACUGGGAUGAAGUUUUCACACAACAGUAUCUCUUCGACAGACUUGUCCAUGAGAUUCGAGCUCUUCAGUCAUUUACCAAAGAAGACUUGGUGAAUUGGUUCAGAACUCACAAGGAACACAAGAGUAAAAAACUUAGUAUUCACGUGACUGGACAUGGGCAACAUGAACCAGAUCUAACCAAUGUCGCCUCAUGUGAAUCAAAAUUCGUACAUGGAGAAGCAUGUCAGCUCAUUUACUUACCUGUGACCCCUCAGAUGGAGCACGCAACCACCAUUAAUGAUAUAACUGCAUUCAAUUCAAAACUCAAACUUUACCCUUUGCAUAAAAUAUUGAAAUGAUGUUUGUCAAUUGGAGAAGGUCACAGGAAGAGUAUGCACUGUUUAAGAAUAUGCAGUUUACAUGUAAAAUUAAAUCCUGAUUCAUGGUGUUCUGCUUUAGGAGGAGAGGCAUUUCACCAUAAAUUGGUGCAACUUGAUAUGCAAGUGUGUCAAUAUAACUAGUUAAUUUAAGAGUGUAUUUUGAUGUCUGUAUUUUAGUGAUCACCUAAUAAUGAUACACUUGCACCAGAAUUUAUUGAGGCAGAAAAGCAGUAAAUAUCUGAAUAAUUAUGCAGUUUGGUUUGUCAUUGCUUUCUGGAAAAUGUCAUUUAAAACACUUGAAGCAUUCUUUUGUAAGUGCUAAAUGUAUUCGGCAGACCUGUUUUUAAACUAGUGGGUUUGAUUGAGAAGAAUAUCAAACUUAAAAUUGUUUUGCCUAUUUUACCUCUGUUCAAACCUACUUAUUUAGAACAGAUCAGUUUUGUAUGGCGAGCAAUCAUUGAUUAAUUCUUAAAUAAGCUGGUGUUUUCAAAGACCAAACUGAUGCAUUUGCAAAAAAAGAAUCCCCCAUUAAACAGAUCUUUGAGUGAA